CUAUGGCCUUAUACUAAUAUUUCAAAAUCAACACUUUCAUCCAAAAUAUUGUCCCUCCAAAACCACAAACUCCAUUUUCACCUGUUUUCUUCUUCUUUCCUUCAAACUCUUUUUGAAAAAAAAAAUCUCAUUUUUUUUUGCUUGUGAUUUUUACACUUUUUUAGUUUUUUUUAAAAAAAUCUCUGCUGCAAUGGCUGUAGCAGAGUUUAUUCCUUCUUCUUCAUCAUUGACUAAAAAAGCGAGUUUUUAUUCAUCACAACUCUCUAAUGUUUCAACUAAGAUCUCUCAUCAACGUCGAUUAAGCUUUAAGCCUUUAUUGAGAACUCAUAAUCAUUCUCAAAUAUGUUGCUCUGUUACUUCUAAGGAAGCUCAAGCGACGACUGUAGUGCAGACUGAUGAUCCAAAGAAGAAAUCAGAAUGCUAUGGAGUUUUCUGUCUUACUUAUGAUCUCAAGGCUGAAGAAGAGACGUCUUCGUGGAAGAAAAUGAUUACUGUUUCUGUGUCUGGUGCUGCUGGGAUGAUUGCUAAUCAUCUUCUAUUCAAACUUGCAUCUGGUGAGGUUUUUGGGCCAGAUCAACCUAUUGCACUAAGGCUAUUGGGGUCUGAGCGGUCAAUCCAAGCGCUUGAAGGAGUUGCUAUGGAACUAGAGGACUCUUUGUAUCCUUUGCUUAGGGAGGUAAAUAUAGGUAUAGAUCCCUAUGAGGUGUUCCAGGAUGCAGAAUGGGCACUUCUCAUUGGUGCAAAGCCUCGAGGCCCCGGUAUGGAACGAGCUGGCUUAUUGGAUAUAAACGGCCAAAUCUUUGCUGAACAGGGGAAAGCUCUCAAUGCCGUUGCAUCGCGAAAUGUUAAAGUGAUAGUUGUGGGAAACCCUUGCAAUACCAAUGCAUUGAUUUGUUUGAAAAAUGCUCCAAAUAUACCAGCAAAGAACUUCCACGCCUUGACGAGGUUAGAUGAAAAUAGAGCCAAAUGCCAGCUAGCUCUAAAAGCUGGAGUCUUUUAUGACAAAGUAUCUAAUGUUACCAUUUGGGGCAAUCACUCAACAACUCAGGUUCCAGACUUUUUAAACGCUAAAAUUAAUGGAUUGCCAGUCAAAGAGGUGAUUAAAGACACUAAAUGGUUAGAGGAAGAGUUCACUGAAAAAGUCCAAAAGAGAGGUGGUGUACUUAUUCAGAAAUGGGGUAGAUCUUCAGCUGCAUCAACUGCUGUGUCGAUUGUCGAUGCAAUAAGGUCUCUUGUCACUCCUACACCUGAAGGAGAUUGGUUUUCUACUGGAGUAUAUACAAAUGGAAAUCCUUAUGGAAUAGCACAGGAUAUAGUUUUCAGUAUGCCUUGUAGAUCAAAAGGAGAUGGUGAUUAUGAACUAGUAAAAGAAGUUAUAUUUGAUGAUUACCUUUGGAACCGUAUAAAAAAGUCAGAAGAUGAGUUGCUCGCGGAGAAAAGAUGUGUUGCCCAUCUUACAGGAGAGGGUAUCGCGGUCUGUGAUCUCCCCGGAGAUACGAUGCUUCCCGGAGAGAUGUGAAACCAGCAAACCAUAUUGUUACAAAUUAUGUUUUAAGAACUUGCAUAGAAUGCAAGUGUUUGUUUGUAAUUUGUGUAUCAUUGAUAAAUCAGUCUCAACAAGGGAGAUAAUAAAUGAGACACAGUAUCAACAUUAUUCUAAUCGAGUCGAUUCCAUGAUUAUAAUUUCAUUCCGUACUAGAGUGAACCCCACAUAUGGUUACUAGCUUUGGGUACGCGCGUUGUACGUAUAUCC